AUGCACCGCUCCACCUCGUCGCCGACGCCGCCGCAAGACGGCGCCCAGUGGGCCAGCGCCGCCUCCUCGGCGGCCCUGCGACGCUACUCCUCCCUCCCCAAGAAGGGCAAGCCGCAGGGGCGCGAGUCCACGGUGCUCGCUGCCUUCCUGCUCUCCUCCCCGCAGGACCCGCUCGGCCCUGAGGUCCUGUCCCUCGCCACCGGCACCAAGUGCCUCGGCGCGUCCCGCCUGGGCCCCCGCGGAGACCUCGUCCACGACGCCCACGCCGAGGUCGUCGCCCGCCGCGCGCUCCUCCGCCUCCUCUACGCCGAGAUCGGCGCCGGCAGCCCGCCGAGCUGGCUGGUUCCGUCCGGUUCCGGUGGGCGGUGGAGGCUGAGGGACGGGUAUCAGCUCCACCUCUACAUCACCCAGCUCCCCUGUGGGGUCAUGCCGGUGCCGCCGUCACCCACAGAGGUUCCAAGGAUACAGCCGGAUAUUGCGGUGAAUGGAUGCGCUGAUGGUGGUUUUGUUCAGAGGAAGCCAGGGCGUGGUGAUACAACAUUGUCAAUGAGCUGUUUUGACAAAAUUACUCGCUGGUGCGUCGUUGGAAUUCAAGGUGCAUUGCUGUCACACAUUCUGGAACCCUUGUAUUUGUCCACCGUUACCAUUGGACAGUCCCCUGAUGGUGCACCUGAAGGGUUUUGUAUUGAAAGUAACGUUGACAAAGUUCUUUGUGCUCGUUUAUCCUCUCUAUCCAGAAUAUUCCCUGCCUCUUUCAAACCAAACAAGCCACUAUUUUUCGAGGCACCUAUUCCGCCGAAAGAGUUUCAUCAGACUCUGGGAGAUAUACCCCCUUUGACAUGCGGGUACUCAAUAUGCUGGAAUAAAUCCGGUUUGCAUGAAGUUAUUUUAGGAACAACUGGGAGAAAACAAGGUACAUCUUCAAAGGCAGCAUGCUUACCCUCCACCGAGUCAAUGCUCUGCAAGAUAAGAUUGGCAGAGGCCUUUAUUUCACUUGAACAUCCAUUAGUCACAAAAUUCCAGCAUGAGGAACUGUCCUAUCGUGCAAUCAAGGAUAUGGCUUGUGAGUACCAGCAGAUGCUUGAGCUUCUUAGAGAGGCCCCAUUUUUUGGCCGGUGGCGCGCUAAGCCAGCAUCUCUUGAUUCAUUUAAAGUUCAACGGUGAUAACCAUCCAUGUUCGAUGCUGCAUGCCAGAGAUCUAAUCAAGUAAGCAUACUUGGGAGGAGAAAACAGGUGUUGGGAUGAUAAUCUCACUGUCUCAGCCUCUGGACAGAACUGUUUUAUGGAAGUGAAGAAAGAAGGUAGGUUGGAUAUGGCUGUUGACAUGGGGUGAUGGGUCCAUUUGAUGAUUUGCUGAAAUUAAAAGGUGGCAACCUCAGAGAGGGAAAGAUAGAGGCAGGAGGGAGACCAAAAAGACCUGGCCCCAAGUGAGCACAUGCACUGCCUUGAACACCACAAGACAUCCUUGCGUAUGAUAUGAUGAGCACAGUGCUGCCCUUGAUUAUCACAAUGGUUUCUAUUUAUUUAUUUUAUUCGCAAAAUGGCUUGACUAGUAGUACCCCCUGUUUUCAGCUGGGAACAUGGCCACUGAGAUCUUUAGUAGGUGUGCCAUCAUCCUCUAGGGACAAGGACCCACCCACCUCAGAGAAAAUCCUGACAUUUCUAGAGCUGAAAAUGAAGGUGAUCCCCUCCUCUCACAGCUAGCUUAAGAAAAACAUUACUACCCUUUUGCAGAAAGGAUAUGUGCAUGUUCUUGGCCUUGCUUGUAUUCUGGAUUCAGGAACAUGGUAGGCGGAUGGACAGAAACAUCUAUCUUGGCACUCACUGCAAUGAUAUUGUUACCUAUUCACAUG